AAACAAGAGGCGCCAUUUCUGAGAUUGUGUGGUCAAAACACACUCGCAAUGUAUAUUUAUGCUUAAUUUUGCUCGUAUUCGUGAAUUUGGCUUGGCGUGAAAACCACUUUGUAACACUCACAAUCAGUCUAUACGGUCCAACGUUUCACAAUGGCCUCAAAAAAGAAGCGAACGCCCAACGUGCAGAAUGAUAGCUGGGUUGUCAUUGCUGCAGGCUCCGUCAUAGACAACCAGAGGACGGACAAUGACCCGACCUUUGUGAGAUUACGGAAUCCAGCCACAGAUGUAGCCUCCAUGUACAUGCUGGGUGGCGGCGGCGGUGAUGGUGAUGUGCAGCUUUAUGAAGUCAAAGCAUUUGAAGAAGACUUCCGCUCCUGGUUUGUUGGCCAGAAAGUCCAAAGAGAUGGGAGGCUUUUGUUUGUCACUCCGAUGGAUCCUCUCUAUCUCAUUUUGCCGUAUUUGAUGAAAUCUGGAAAGGAAGGCAAAUUCCAGCCAGUGGAGCAAAUGGUGAUGGACGAAGAGUUUCCAGCAUGCACCAAGCUGCUGAGUUGCACGCGUUCUUUGGCCUCCAUGCAUCACAUCGCUGAUGAAAAAGAGGUGGGAAACCUCAAGUUUCACCGAUACAGCCAAGAAAAAACAAUGGCUUGGUUAAAGAAGAAGGUGGAAAAAACAGCCAUGGUGCUCAAAAAGAAGAACAUCUCUGUGGGGGAGGGAAUUAAAUCUUCCACAUAUCUCCGAGUCAAGAUGGAGUCAGACUCAAGCCAUGAGGACUACCUUUGCUAUGCACAUGGCCUGAUAUCAGAGUACAUCUGCAAAGACCUGAGCAAGGACCUGCGGCGUCACUUGCAAUUACCGGAACUGACAAAUCAAAAGGAGACUGAACCACCUUCAAAGAAACGAAAACUGUCUGACAAGCCGGUGGAGGCAGGAGAAGACUACACCAAAUUCAACAGUGAAACCUUUGCUCGCAAACCACCCAAGAAGAUGACAGCCGCACAGAAGAAUCUGGCAAAGGUGGACAAGAGCGGCAUGAAGACAAUGUCCUCCUUUUUUAGCCCAAAAGUGAAAGCGGAAAAAAAAUGAUGGUGUGUCCACUUUGGGCUUGCUUUUCAACACACCACUUUUGUAAUAAAGCAAAGAAAAAUCUAUUCAUGAGGUACCUUCACUCCAGACAAACUGGGGGGAGUGGGCUUACAGAGAUAUUUUAAUAGUACAGCAUCACGCAUCAUCUUACCUUUCAAUUUGACCCUUCCCUCUCCCAACCACACCCACUUAAGGCCGCAACACCCUAAGCUCCACCCGUGGUAUUGGCUGCUAUAAACAGAGGUGGGUAGAGUAGCCAAAAAUUCUACUCAAGUAAGAGUACCGUUACUUUAAAAUAUUACUCAAGUAAGAGUAAAAGUAGUCAUCCAAAAAAUGUACUCAAGUACAAGUAAAAAAAUGUCCAGUGAAAAGAAUACUCAAGUAAUGAGUAACAUUUUGAGUAACUAUUUUUUUUUUUAAACAAUUGUAUUUUUUUUUGCCUCAGCACAAACUUAUCUAUAUGAACUGUUGUUAUAAAGAUAAUGCACAAUAACCCAUUACAUAACCACAUUAAGCCAAAGAAAUUUAAAAAAAACAGUGAUGAAGCAUUAUUCGUCCAAAAAGCAUGAGUGCCCUGCCCUCUAGUGGAGAAAAUAGUUCCUAGUUUGAGUAGUGAAUACUGUAGUUUCUUCAUUGAUAAUAUGAUGAAUUUAAGGGGGUGACGUUAGGAAGGAGAGGGGGUAAUCGUGCCAGCCCCCAACCCGGCUGCCGCGACCCCGCCGACGCUUCCACAGCUGAGCGUCCAGCUGUACUGCUUACCGGGGCCCGCAUCAGGGGAAUGAUGAGCUGUCAUAGUCAUAGUCCGCUGAAACUUGCUCGCCGCCAGAGGCUGGCCGAUCGGUGAAUGCAAUCACUCCCGCCACUGUGUGUGACAUGGGUCGGGGUAGUUUUAUGUGAUUUUUCGUCUUCAAAAGGCGAGGAAGAGACUUGGAAGACUUGCACAGUUCGGGUUAGCAUGCAGCCUAGCUCUCACGCCGCCUCUUUUGUUUAAGCUCUUCCUCCAUUGCCGAGGACGGAACAGGCGAAUGAAUGCCAAAAAUGACUCAUUCUCAGCAGACAAACCGGCCGACAUCGGGCGGCUUGUCACACGUCAUGGCCGCCGGCCGAUUAAGGCAAGCACUGACGUCAAACAUGGUCACCCACAAAAUGGAAGCCAACUCCUUAUUAAAAUGUGUGCCAUGCUCUCAGUAUUUGACAUAAUAUGUAACACUUAUUUUACUUCCUUGUCAGUCCAGUCGAACUUGUUUUGCCCGUUCUUCGCGGUGAACAGGAGCUUUGUAAAAACCAAAAAGGCUCUCACCACUCUCCUUGGUGUAGCAACAAAAGCCUGCAGCACUUUGGUGUUAUGUGAAAUGAACAUGCUUUCUACUGUCAAACCAAACCAAUGCGGAUUCUUGACACCUUGUCCAAUGCAGAUUCUUAACCCUUGACAAGGUGAUGAUGCUGGAACUUUGGUUUGGUGCUGUUCCAGUGAGAUUUACAAAGAUGACUGCCUGAGGAAAACAUCAAAAUUCCCUCAGUCCUUGAUGAUAUGGGGCUGCAUGUCAGGCAAAGGCACUGGGAAAAUGGCUUUGGUUAAAUCUUCAAUAAAUGCACAAGUUUACAUUGAAAUUUUAGACCGCUUUCUUAUGUUAAUUUUCCAAGAUGACAAUGCAUCAUGCCACAGAGCUAAAACUGUUAAAGCAUUCCUUGGAGAACAACUCCUCUAAUCAAUGUCAUGGCCUGCAAAUAACCCAGAUCUCAACCCUAUUGAAAACCUGUGGUGGAAAUUGGGAAAAAAAAUUGUCCACAGCAAGGCUCCGACCCGCAAGGAUGAUCUGGCAACUGCAAUCAAAGAGAGUUGGCACCAAAUUGAUGAAUAAUACUCAUCAAGUCCAUGCCUCAGAGACUGCAAGCUGUCAUAAAAGCCAGUGGUGGUGCUUCUGAAUACUAGAGAUGUGUUUCAUUGUUAUUUCUUUGUUUCUUUCUCAUGAUUCCAUAUUUUUUUCCUUAGAAUGGAGUGAUUCCAUAUAUAUUUCCCUGCACUUGCUCCAUAAAAGUAACAUUUACUGACCACCACAAUGUUUUUAUUCAUUUCUUUUAGUGUUUCUGAAUGCUAAAGAGUUGCACUUUUGAACUAAUUCAUUGUUUUUUCAAGCUUUUUAUCUGAGUUUGUUCUACAUGAUAACAUGUCUGAGUGAGUGAUCGUCCGAGACUGGUAAUUCCAUACUUUUUGCCAAGUGUUGUACACUCAACAGUAUACAUUUGAUCACUUAUUUAUAGUUUCUCUUGCAGUCUUAGUGCAAUUGCCACUGGUGUGCAGUUAGUUGGGGUAGACUCCAAGUGUUAACCAUGACCCUUAUGAGGACAAGCAAUAAACUAAUGUUAUUUUCUGACCGCUAACAUGGCGUUCUAUAUAUAGAUAGUAUUCAGGACUAUUACAGUUUGUUGUUUUUUCCAAGGAUGACAAAGUGCGCCCAUUUUGUGUGGUUGCAGUUGUCCUUGGUGAUGGUGGUCGGAACUCAUUGAUGGCACUUGUGUGUGCGAUUUAUUUUAUUUUAUUUUUUUAAUGCCCUCAUUCAAAGAUUUUUUUUCCUCUUCACCCACAGCAUAUUUAAUAUACUGUAUUGGCCCAAAUAUAAGACGGCCCUGAUUAUAAGACGACCCCGUUUUUCAAGACUCAAGUUUGAAAACGACUUUUUGAACACCAAAUUAAUUUUUAUUAGGGCUGUCAAAAUUAUCGCGUUAACGGGCGGUAAUUAAGUUUUUUAAUUAAUCACGUUAAAAUAUUUGACGCAAUUAACGCACAUGCCCCGCUCAAAUAGAUUAAAAUGACAGCACAGUGUAACGUCUGCUUGUUACUUGUUUUUUGGCAUUUUGUCGCCCUCUGCUGGCGCUUGGGUCCAACUGAUUUUAUGGGUUUCAGCACCAUGAGUGAGCACGGUGUAAUUAUAUGCCGAGCUGCUAGUUUAUUUUUUGAUUGAAAAUUUUACAAAUUUUAUUAAAACGAAAACAUUAAGAGGGGUUUUAAUAUAAAAUUUCUAUAACUUGUACUAACAUUUAUCUUUUAAGAACUACAAGUCUUUCUAUCCAUGGAUCGCUUUAAGAGAAUGUUGAUAAUGUUACUGCCAUCUUGUUGAUUUAUUGUUAUAAUAAACAAAUACAGGUCUUAUGUACCGUAUGUUGAAUGUAUAUAUCCGUCUUGUGUCUUAACUUUCCAUUCCAACAAUAAUUUACAGAAAAAUAUGGCAUAUUUUAUAGAUGGUUUGAAUUGCGAUUAAUUACGAUUAAUUUUUAAGCUGUAAUUAACUCGAUGAAAAAUUUUAAUCAUUUGACAGCCCUAAUUUUUAUACAGCAAAUAAUUUCAGUACAUCUGAAAAGAAUGAUUAUAACAGUAUAUUUGAAAAAGCAUGUUAUUUUGUCUCAUUCAAAUCUUAAUAUCUGAACAUUUACAUAUGUAAACUAAAGUGCAAUCACAUUCGUAAAUGAAUGGCUUCUGGUUUUUGAAAUGUAAAUAAACCAAUCUAUUGUGAUAAAACAACAAAAUUGCAAUAACCCGUCUUAACCAUCAAAGUGAAGUCUAACUGUAAAUGUAGUUUUGAAACAAAUCUGAAUAAGGAAAAACAUUACAAUAUAAAACAAUGCAAACUGGUUAAACUAAAAAGUGUAGCUGAGAUCUAUCAUGACAGAACAUCGCUUCAAUGAUAUCUGGCGCCAUCUAGCGUCGUGAAUGGGUAUAAUGUCUAGACCGCGAAUAUAAGACGACCCCCACUUUUUCAGUGUUAUUUCAAUGCAAAAAACACCGUCUUAUAUAUUCGGGCCAAUACGGUAGCUUUGGGAUUUAUUAGCAUUUUAUAUGCCAAUGCUGAGAACAGAAUGCAAGCUUAAAUUCAUGCAUUGGUACAAAGAUUCACAAGUCUGAAUAAAAGUUACAAGGAUGAUUAUAUUUUUUUUCCUCAGACAAAAUAAUAACCUCGGCUAGUUGCCAAGCAUAAAGGCCUUGAACUCUUUUG